AUGGGUAAAUAAUUUUGGAAGGAUUGGCAUUUAAGAACUCAAAUCUGUAUGAUAUAAUUUGCCAUUUCAAUUUUUACAAUUGGUUUGAUUGCUCUCUCAACUUAUUCUUUCAUGUAUUAUAUUUCUGAUUUCUAUAUGGAAACAUCAGAAAAUGUUUUUUAAAAAUAAUUUGGAAAAUGGACAAAAAUAAUGAUGUCUCAUAACAUUCAUCGUGUAUAAUAAACCUUAUUUAGAAGUCAAUAACAAAUUGUUAAAGUAAAUACUCUGUAUUAAAUGACUCAGUAAAUAAUGCAAAGUUCAUUAUAAAAACCAACUUAAUGUCUUAAUGAGUUAAAUCUAUUGGAUGUUUAUGCUUACAGUGCAUCUUUUUGUUAUAUGAUUUAUAAAGAUACUAAAUCGAAUAAAGUCCUAUAAAAUCUCAAAGAUCUGUGUUCAUUUUUAACAUAAUCUGUGCUUUUCUUAGAUUAGGAUUUUGAUAUUAUGAUAGCCUCAUCAGAAGAUAUACAUUUCUUUACAGUUUGGCCUGGCUCUUUUUUAUCUAGUGAUUACAAUCCUCAAGACAGAAUCUGGUAUGUUCAACAUUUAGAACAAUUGGCUAUAAAUAAUAAUUAUAAUCUAACUUAUUUUAGUGAGCCUCAUAUCCAUUGGACUUGGAAACUCUUAAUGAUAGCUUAAACCCAUAGCUUAUUAAAUUUAAAUGGUUAACUUGAUGGAAUAAUUGCUUCUCAUGUUAAUUUCAGCUAAUUUAAUUAUUCAGAUGAUUAAGUCAGCUUUACAAUAAUAAACCCUACAGGUAGAAUAUUAUUAAGCUCUUUGAAUGUUACUUAAUAUUCAAAAAUUUAUGAUUAUAAUAUUACAAAUCUAGGAUAUUAAGAUUAUGAGCAGAUUUUAAAUUAGGCAUAAGGCAAAGACACAGAGAGUAAUUGUAACUCUACUGUUUGGAAGAAUUAAGGAUAUUUAUGUAGAAAAACAUAUGAUUAAAAAGAAGAAGAGCUUAUAAGUACAAAAAACAUGGAGGCUGCCGGAUUGAUUUUAAUUAUGUAAAAUUUAUAAAAUAUUAUAGGUAAAGCAAACUAUCUAAAUAUCAGAUGGAAUUUAAGAAUAUGUUUAAUACUUUCUAAGCUUAAUUAAACAACAUAUUUGUAGGUACUAUAUUAGGGUUUUUUCUUUACAUGCUUUCAUCUCUAUUUAUUACAACUUGCGUGGUAAUUUUUUUAUUUAAUCCAAUAAUCAGGAUCAUUAACUAUACAUCCCAAUAACUAUUCAGGGAAAGUCUCAACAAAAAAAAUAUUUUUUAGAAGAAGCAUAAUUUUUCAUUUUUCGAAAAUUUAUCAUAUUCAUCACUACUGAAUGAUUUGCAAUAGUCAUUUAACAGAUUAAUCCACAUAACAUCUAAUUAAAAAAAAACUAAUAUUUGCGUUUUAAUUGAAGGUUUUAAAUAUCCUUAUAAGAGAUGGAAAUUAAAGUAAAGUAGCAAAAAUAUUCGAAAAAUUAAUCCAAAGUUAUUAAAUAGUAUUGAAAAUGAAGAAACUCAAAAAUUAUAAAAUUUUGUAAUAAAGUAAUUGAUGAUAUCAGAAUUAAAAAUAGAUAGUUGUUUUUGA